CUGGAGUGCCCCAAACCAGCUGCCCGGCGCCGUCGCUCCGUGAUGCUCAUGGAGAAGAGGAUGGACAAAGCGGGUCAGUACCCGAAGGAGGUGCGCAAGUGCUGUGAACACGGCAUGCGGGAGAACCCCAUGAAGUUCCCCUGCGAGCGCAGGGCCCGGUACUUCCAGCUCGGGGCCUCCUGUGCCAAGACCUUCCUGGACUGUUGCAACUACGUCACCCAGCUGAGGCUCAACCACAGCCGCAGCGCCCACCUGGGGCUGGCCCAGAGUGACUUGGAUGAGACUGAAAUCCUGGAUGAAGAUAUUAUUUCCCGAAGCCAGUUCCCUCAGAGCUGGCUGUGGCGCAUGGAGGAACUCAGAGAACCUGUGAAAGAUGGAAUCUCCACAAAGACCAUAAAUAUAUUUUUGAAAGACUCCAUCACCACCUGGGAGAUUCUGGCCGUGAGCUUGUCAAACACGAAAGGUAUCUGCGUGGCUGAUCCCUACGAGGUCACGGUGAAGCAAGACUUCUUCAUCGACCUGCAACUGCCGUACUCUGUGGUGCGCAAUGAGCAAGUGGAGAUCCGAGCUGUUCUCUACAAUUACCAGGAUGUGGGGGAGCUCAAGGUAAAGGUGAACCUGCUCUACAACCCAGUCUUCUGCAUUCAGACCACUGCCAAGAAGCCCUACCAGCAGAUUCUGGAAAUCCCAGCCAAGUCCUCAGUGGCUGUGCCUUUUGUCAUCGUGCCUCUGAAGGUCGGUCUACAUGAGGUGGAGGUCAAGGCUGCUGUCUAUAAUCGUUUCAUCAUGGAUGGUAUCAAGAAGACCUUGAAGGUCGUGCCGGAAGGAAUCAGAGUCAACAGAACAGUGGCCGUUCACACACUGGAUCCAGAAAACAGGGGCCAAAACGGAGUACAGCGAGAGGAGAUCCACGCCGCCGACCUCAGUGACCAAGUCCCAGACACAGAUUCAGAGACCAGGAUCCUCCUGCAAGGGACCCCGGUGGCUCAGUUGACAGAGGACGCCAUUGACCCAGAACAACUGAAGGAACUCAUCGUGAUCCCGUCGGGCUGUGGGGAGCAGAAUAUGAAAAGCAUGACGCCCACCGUCAUCGCCGUGCAUUACCUGGACCAAACCGGGCAGUGGGAGAAGUUGGGCCCCAGGAGACGAAAGGAAGCCUUACAGCUCAUCGAAAAGGGGUACUCCCAGCAGCUGGCCUACCGACAGGAUAACUCAGCCUAUGCUGCCUUCCUGAGCCGGAAGCCCAGCACCUGGCUGACAGCCUACGUGGUCAAGGUCUUUUCUCUGGCCUCCAACCUCAUUGCCAUUCAGUCCGAUGUCAUCUGCGGGGCUGUCAAAUGGCUGAUCCUGCAGAGGCAGAAGCCUGACGGGGCCUUCCAGGAAGAUGGGCCCGUAAUAGACCAAGAAAUGACUGGUGGCUUCCGGGAGAAUGUGGAGAAGGAUGUGUCCCUCACAGCUUUUGUUCUCAUUGUGCUGCAAGAGGCUGAAGAUAUUUGCCAAAAUCAGGUCAAAAGCCUGGAGCACAGCAUCAAUAGGGGAGGAGAGUAUCUUGAAGCCCACUACAGGAACCUGCGGCGACCAUAUUCUGUGGCCAUUGCAGGCUAUGCCCUGGCCCAGUUAGGCAGGCUGGAGAAAGAUCUCCUCAGAAAAUUUCUGAGCACAGCCAAAGAAAGAACAAGGUGGGAGAAGCCUGGCAAGCAGCUCUACAAUGUGGAGGCCACAUCCUAUGCCCUCUUGGCCCUACUGUUGCUCAAAGACUUUGACUCUGUACAUCCUGUCACCAAAUGGCUCAAAGAGCAGAUGGAAUAUGGAAGUGUUCUCCAGAGAUAUGGCUCCACCCAGGCCACCUUCAUGGUGUUCCAAGCCUUGGCCCAAUACCAGAAGGAUGUCCCUGACCAUGAGGACCUGAGCCUGGAAGUAUCAAUUGAAUUGCCCAGCCACAGAUCUGUCAUCAGGUACAGAAUCCUCUGGGAAUCUGCAAGCCUCCAGCGGUCAGCAAAGACCGAGAAAAAUGAGGACUUUGUAGUAACAGCUAAGGGAAAAGGACAAGGCACCUUGUCGGUGGUGACAACGUACCAUGCCAAGCUCAAAACCAAACACACUUGCAAGAAGUUUGACCUCAGGGUGGAUAUACGACGAGCUCCUGAAGACGUCAAGAGGCCUCAGGGAGCCCUGGACACCAUGAUCCUUGACAUCUGUACCAGGUACCUGGGAGACAAGGAUGCUACCAUGUCGAUCCUGGAUAUAUCCAUGAUGACUAGCUUUUCUCCUGACAUUGGUGACCUUGACCUGUUGAGCAAUGGCGUUGGCAGAUACAUCUCUAUGUGUGACCUGAACAAGGCCUUUUCCAAUAAGAACACCCUCAUCAUCUACCUGGACAAGAUCUCACAUGACCAAGAGGACUGUCUGACCUUCAAAGUGCACCAGUAUUUCAGUGUGGAGCUUAUCCAGCCCGGGUCGGUCAAGGUGUACUCCUACUACAACCUGGAUGAGAAUUGUGUCAAGUUCUACAGCCCAGAGAAAGAAGACGGUUUACUGAGCAAGCUCUGUCACAAAGAUGUGUGCCGCUGUGGUGAGGAGAACUGCUUCAUGCACCAGGUGGAUGGAAAGAUCACCCUGGAUGAGCGUCUGGACAAGGCCUGUGAGCCGGGAGUCAACUACGUGUACAAGACCAGGCUUCUCAAGAAGGAGCUGUCAGAAGACUUUGACGAUUACAUAAUGGUCAUUGAGCAGUUCAUCAAAUCAGGCUCUGAUUAGGUGUAGGCUGGAUAGUAUCGUAUUUUCAUCAGCCACAUCAAGUGCAGAGAAGCCCUGAGGCUGCAGGAAGGGAAACACUACCUCAUGUGGGGCCUCUCUGCCGACCUGUGGGGAGAGAAACCCAAUGUCAGCUACAUCAUCGGGAAGGACACCUGGGUGGAGCUGUGGCCGGAGGCCGACGAAUGCCAAGAUGAGGAGAAUGAGAAGCAGUGCCAAGACCUGGCCAACUUCACUGAGAACAUGGUUGUCUUUGGCUGUCCCAACUGAC